AUGAAAUCUUCCUGGUGGUGGGUGGCAUCUCUUGCCGCUCCGGCAUUGGGCAAGCUCAACCUGGUGCAGCGCGAUCUGCCCGCCGUGGUGGAAAUGAGCACGCAGCGCAAUCCGAGCGUCAAUCCCGUGGCACGCGAUCAACGGCGACGGAUGAGACGAGAUAAUACCGUCUCAGUCACGUUGGACAAUGAGGAAACACUAUACUUUGCCAAUAUCAGCUUGGGCACGCCCAAACAAGACCUGCGCAUGGUUCUCGACACCGGCAGUAGUGAUCUCUGGGUCAACGCGCCCAAUUCAACUUUCUGUGAGAGUCGGAACAACGACUGCUCCAUCUCGGGGACGUAUGAUGCCACUUCCUCGUCGACCUACAAUUAUCAGAACCCGUACUUUAAUAUCACCUACGCGGAUGGGUCUCAGGCGGAGGGCGAAUAUGCCACCGAUACCUUGCACAUUGGGGACGCUACCUUGAAGGAUUUCCAAUUUGGUAUUGGAUAUACUUCCAGUUCGGAUGUGGGUGUUCUCGGCAUCGGAUACGCCUCCAACGAAGCCAUCGUGCAGACCACUCGCGAGACCUACGCCAACCUGCCCCAGGCCAUGGUCGACAGCGGCCUCAUCAAGUCCCGCGCCUACAGUCUCUGGCUCAAUGAUUUGGACGCCAACACCGGCUCCAUCCUCUUCGGCGGCAUCAACACCGGGAAAUUCCACGGGCCCCUCCAAACCCUCCCCAUCGAGCCCGUCCGCGGCAUCUACGCUGAAUUCACCAUCGCCCUCACUGGCCUCGCCUUGACUAACUCCUCCGGUACCACCACCUACCGCGCCAACGACCUGCCCGUCGCCGUCCUCCUCGACUCGGGCAGCUCCCUCACCUACCUCCCCAACACGAUCGUCCGCCAGAUCUACAUUGAUCUCGGUGUCUCCAUCGACUCCAGCGGCACCGGUUACCUCCCCUGCCGCCUGGCCUCGGAGGAUGUGAAGAUUGUCUUCACCUUCUCCUCGCCCACGAUCGAAGUCGACCUGUCCGAACUGCUCAUCGACCUCGGACCCCAGAACACGUUCCGCAACGGCGACCGUGCCUGCGCGUUCGGUAUCGCCCCUGCGGGCAACAGUAUCUCCGUGCUGGGCGACACCUUCUUGCGCAGCGCCUACGUCGUCUAUGAUCUCGCCAACAAUGAAAUCUCCCUGGCCAAGACCAAUUUCAACUCGACCGAGAAUCGCAUCCUGGAGAUCACCACGGGCACUGAUGCCGUGCCCAGCGCGACCGCCGUGCAGAACCCCGUGACGGACGCGCCGGCUCUGGGCGGCGGGCAGCGCAUCGGGGGCGGGCCCAGUGGCGUCGUCACGGGGGUCUUUUCGUCGGCGACGUCGGGCGCGACGGCCACUUCGAGUGGUGGUGCGAUACCUCGAGCGACGAGUGUGCCGAAGUCGUGGGCAGCGUUGGGGUUGGCAGGAGCUGGUGCUCUCCUCGCAUUGUAA